CUUCUUCGCUUCUUUUUUCACCUUUUCGUUUCCUUCCCAGCUCUUUCCCCUUCCCUCUCCAUUUCUCCUUGCCCACCACAAAAGAAAAAAAGCCCUGAGCUUCAAAUAGAUUACGGGAACGCCCUUUUUUUAUGGUUGGUAUGAAUUGUAAGGAGGGAGUGGGGAAAUUGUGAUCGGACGGCGGUGGUGUGUUGUGGCGAUGAUGGAGUGCAGCGUAUGGGUAGCCGCAGAGGAUCAUCAAAAUAACACUAAUUCUAUUAAAAAUAAUAAUAAUUUAUGGGGGUUUAGCCAUGAAAGCGAGCAUGAUUUGGCUUUUAUGGUUACCGAUUUUUUGGAAAAUAACGGUGGAAGCGCCGGCGGCGAUUCUUGGUGUAGUAGCGAUAGCGAGUCUGGCUUCUCCGAUCUUAUCCACCUUGCCGAGAAAAUCUCCUACUAUAGGCACUCGGUAGGUCAGUGUCAGAUUGACUUGUUGUCAGUGGUUCAUUCACUUAUAUUAUCCAUCAGUGAGGCGGACCUACACUUUGUGAAGUCGGGUCCAUGUAAUGCCAGCUGCAUCAGAUAUUCUCUGGUAAAGCUGUUGAGACUUUCUGGCUAUGAUGCGGCUGUUUGUGCAUCAAGGUGGCAGGGUAGUGGCAAAGUUCCUGGAGGUGAUCAUGAGUAUAUUGAUGUGGUCAAUUACAACAAUGGGAGUUCUGAGCGUUUGAUUAUUGAUAUUGACUUCCGAAGCCACUUUGAGAUAGCUAGAGCAGUUGAUUCUUAUGAUAGAAUAUUGAACUCCCUUCCGGUUGUCUACAUGGGCUCCUUGACUAUGUUAAAACAAUUGCUUCAGCUUAUGGUAGAUGCUGCUAGGUCAUCUCUCAAGCAAAAUUCAAUGCCUUUUCCUCCAUGGAGAUCUCUUGCUUACUUGGAAGCAAAGUGGAACUCACCCUACCAGCGACAAUUUACUCUUGAUGAACGCUAUAUUAGUGGCACUGUUUCUUCUGACCAUAAACAGUGUAAUGGGCAUUUAAGGAGGCUGCAGUCUUUGCUUCAAUCCGAAUUAGAAACGGAACGACUGUUGAAACCCAUAAACAUUGAUAGUAACCGCAGAUUGAAGCUUGACAGGCGGAGGCAUUCUUCAUUCAGGGCGCUUUGACAUGUAUAGCUUUUGAUCUGGAAGAUGCAAGUUCUUUUUUUGUGAGAUGAAUUGUAUUGCGGCUUUUCUUUAGUUAUUUUUUUCCCUUGAUAGUGAAUAAGUGGUGGACCUCGGAAUAAAGGGCAGGUUCAUAUAGCUCACAGUGAAGACAAUAACACACCAUAUUUUGUCAUUCCGGUAUCUUCAUUUCUCAUAUCGAGUUGGGGAGUCAUACGUUUCUCUUUGAUUUUUUAUGCAUGGGCUGAGUGACAGUAUUGGGUUCUGAGAACUACUGCAGCAUUCUUUGGUUUGAAACAGCUCCUAAAGUCUAUCAUACUACGUGCAUCAUCUUAUAGAUCUUAUUUGUUUUCCCUUGCCUCUUAUUUUUUCAGGCUUAGGAAAUUUUUUUCUUAGAA